AUGGUAUAUGAUGGCAAACCUAGCAAAGGUUGCGGAAACUGUCGCUCACGCAAGAUCAGAUGCGACCAGGCUCCAUCGGCCUGCUGGCAAUGUAUUCGUACCAAUCGAAAAUGCCCUGGGUAUCGCGAUGAACUCUCACUGAUUUUCCGCGAUGAAACCCAAUCCGUCGCGCACAAGGCGCGUUCUACGUCUUUGCGACGCCGGGUUGCGUCCCGGUCGCGUCGUCGCGGUUUUCCACAAAAUUUGGGAUAUUCUGGUAUCUCAGACUCCUUUGAAGUGGUGUUUGAAUACGGCUCUGACCCUGACCUCCACUUCCGUAUUCAGGGCAAGCAGAGUCCUUUGAGAACACAUCCUAACACCGGGGUCUCGAAACAGGAAGCUAUCUGCUACUUUCUCCAAUCGCACUCUUUUCAGGGUAACUUUCUCAUAAAGGACGCUUUGGCUCGAUUCCUUAUGGCGUCUGAUGGGUCACUGGGUCAGCAGGCAAUACAAUCUAGCAUAGUGGCGGUUGCUAGCGCCAUGCUCUCGCGUGUUCGAAGAGCUGGAGCAUUGAGUCACGCCGCGCGUAAGGAAUAUGGAUCUGCCCUCGAGUUUGUCAAUCGGGCACUUGCCGAUCCACACGAGGCGAAGACCAAUCAGACACUUGGUGCAAUUGUUCUUCUAUCCUUGUAUGAAAUUGUCGUAUCAAGGGCUCCGCAGGAACUCGAGGGUUGGACAAGCCAUAUUUCUGGGGCUGCAGCACUCCUUCAGUACCGGGGGGCUACACAAUGGCAAAGCAUAACUACAAGUUGCCUCCAGCGCGACUUCCUUGUUCCCAGCUCUGUCAUGGAAUGUACAAUCCUUGAAAUCUUCCCCGAGAUAAAGAGUGAUGUUGGAAAUAAACUGAACUUGAUCAUCGGCAAUCUCGCGAAUUUACGGACAAAUAUCCGCUCUCGAGAAUUGACCGACCCCCAAGAGAUCCUGAGUGCGGCAUGUGCCAUCGAUGCCGAGCUCCUCGCUUGGUUAGCCGCUCUGCCGCCGGAUUUCACAUAUAGUACCCAUACACUUAUGCCACUGGACACUUCUUUUGGACACCGCUGUCACGGAAUCCGACCAUAUAACAACGAAUACCAUAUCUACCCCGAUAUCUGGUCGGCCAGUGUCUGGAAUCACUACCGCUCCACACACAUUCUUGUCAUCGAGCUUAUAAUAUCCCAAGUGAACAAAAUAUCCAAGAGCUCGCCUGCCCCAUUCCUCGAAGACAAUAAUUCAUACUGCAAGUCUCAACGGGCGACAAUUCGUCGCCUAGGUCUCGAUAUUUGCAGCAGUAUCCCAUUUCAUCUGGGUGCGUGCAACUCGGAGGCACUCCCAGAGACGCCUAUCCUUCCGCCAGAGAGCUAUCUAGGCGGUCUCAUGCUUCUUUGGCCCCUAUUUGUGGCCGGCCUAGUCGAGUCCCCGGCUCAUCCACAGCGUCUGUGGGCUAUACAGUGCCUUCGAACCAUAGGAAACACGUGGGGGCUAGCGUCAGCGCUGGCAGAAAUGGAUGUUCUCAUUGUGGACCCGGGAAUAUUUUACUCGGUGGAAAUCUAUGGCGAAGCCGCUGAUCCGCCGGCUGGAACGUCGGUGACACUGCCGUUUUCCGUAUAUCAUGUGCCGUAUUUCGAUCUUUCCACUCUGAGGGAGUUUCGAAGGCUUCAGCCUACAACGGCAUGA